CUGGUGCUGGCACUCUGCAUUGCUGCAUGGAUUGAUGCUCCAUUUUUUCAGGGUGCGCCACACUGAGCUUCAGCUUCUCAAAAAAUUCUUGUCUUCGGAAUUUGCACCCACCACCCGUCAAACGCACUAUGAUAGGACAGCUCUUUUGACUGGGCAGCUCACUUCCUGUGUGUAUAGUAGCUGCACGGAUUGGUCGGACCGGUGCCCAGACAAGCAUUGAGCAAUAUGACAAGCACUUUGUCAAACGAAGCACCACCGGCAUUUAAUCGAUGCUUCCCAUCAGCUAUCGAAUGCACGCCCACUGCGUUGGUGCAGGGAAAAAGGGUGUGCGUUCCUUAAAGCAAACUGCAUCUUCAUGGGUGACACUGUAAAGUACUGUAGAAUGAGACCUUUCAGGUUGCCCUGUGGUCUGGGCCUCAUAAUCUACGUUGCGGCGAUUGCGUUGUGGCUUGUGCAAGUAACAGCGGUCGCUUCCAACGCUGAUAUCUUGAUGGCCAUUGCGGCCAACUUUGAGAAGAACCCCCGGUUGGACAGUUGGAUGCCUGGAACUGAUCCCUGCAGCCCCCCUGGUUGGGAAGGCGUUGCCUGCGACGGUGACAUCGUCACGAACCUGACGCUCUCGCGGCAGUGCUUCUCGGAUACACCAGCGGACGUAUGUGCAAGCCGGCGCGCGUGGCCACGGUUGAUCGGCCAGUUCCCGCAAGAAGUCCUCUACUUGACUGGCCUCCAAAUCCUGGACCUCGGCAAUAACUCGCUAAGCGGGACUCUGCCAGAGGGGCUCGGGAGCCUCCCUCUUACCUACCUGAUUCUGCCGCUGAACACAGGACUGUCUGGAAUCCUGCCGGCAUCCCUUGGCAAUUGCACCGGAAUGAAAGAGAUGCAUUUCAAUGACAACAACUUCACGGGGCCCAUCCCGGACUCGUUCAGUCGCCUCGUCAGCAUGAAGGCGCUGGCCAUGCAAAACAACGCCUUCUCGGGGCCGUUGCCGCCGUUCGCCGUCCAAGAUUGGAAGAACCUGACUUACCUGAACUUGAACCACAACCAGUUUGAGGGCCCCAUCCCCCUCAUCGGCGCUAUGCCCCGGUUACAGCAGCUGUAUCUCUUGGGCAACCGCUUCGUGGGCUCUAUUCCACCGCAGAUUGGCCUCCUGCCGGCCAUACAGCAAAUAGAGAUUGCCGAAAUGAAGGGCAUCACGGGCCCCGUUCCGGACGUCUUCAACCGGAUACCACUGCGUGAUCUUUUGUACAUAGGGUUUGCCAACAACAGCCUCACAGGAUCUAUACCCCCGUCUCUAGGGGAACUUCUCAGUUUGGAGCUGCUGGCCCUGGGCAACAACGAGCUGAGCGGGCCCAUCCCGGCGUCGUUUGCCAACUUCUCGCGGGGGAACCUGACCAGUCUGGACCUGCAUAACAACAACCUGUCGGGGCCGAUCGACGUCCUCUUCAGCAUGUGCCAGGGGAAGACGUGCUACUACCAGAAUAACCACUUCCAGGAGGGCUCUCGUUCCACUCAGUCCCCCGUCCCCGUCCCCAUCCCUGUGGCCCCCGUCAUGACGUCAUCGUCAAACGUUGCACUGGUCGCUGCGGCAUCAGCUGGCGGGGUCGCCUUCUUUCUGGCUCUGGUGUGCGGCGUUCUGUUCUGUUGCUGGAAGAGACAGCGGCAGCUCUCAGAUUACGAGCAGCAGAAGCUGCCGGUGGAAACGAAGGAGAUUGUCCUGUCUCGGUCAAGCGCGGGGGGUCUCGUCAGCGGGGCAGAUGAGUACAGUCUGGCGGAGCUUGAGCAAGCAACCCACAACUGGAGUAGGAGCCACUGCAUCGGAGAAGGAGGAUUCGGCCACGUGUACAAGGGCUACCUGCAUACGAAGAAUGGACGGCAGCUGGUCGCAAUCAAACGGGGGCAUCCGAAUACGAGCCGGGGAGAGCGGGAGUUCUUGCAAGAGAUUGCGGCCAUGUCGCGGCUACGGCAUAAGCACCUGGUACAGCUGAUUGGGUUUUGCGACUCCGGGGGCGAACGAUGCUUGGUCUACGAGUACAUGGACAACGGAACCAUCCGAGAUCAUUUGUGGGGCUCACUUGCAUCUGCGGGCUACAUCGCAUGGGCGACCCGGCUCAAAAUGGCCAUUGGAGCGGCGAGAGGUCUGGAGUAUCUGCACACGGCGGUGGAGCCUCCGUGCAUACAUCGAGACGUCAAGUGCACCAACAUUCUGCUAGACGCACAAUUCAACGCCAAGGUGGGCGACUUUGGGAUCAGCAAAAUGGAGGCGGACUUCGACGCGGGGGCCACGGGAGUCAAGGGGACCAUAGGCUAUCUGGAUCCGAACUAUGUGGAGUACAACGAGCUGACGACCGCAUCCGAUGUUUACAGUUUUGGGAUCUGCCUGCUGGAGCUAGCCACCGGGAAACCAGUCAUUGGCAUCAACGGCGAAGGACAGCGGACGAACCUGCUCGCGUGGGUGAUCCCUCUGUUUCUGGAGGGCGACAUCGCGUCCGUUGCCGACCCUCGUAUGGUGAAUCAAUACCCGGCCUUCAGCUUAGACGCGUUCUGCAAGUUGGCGCUCGCGUGUAUAAAAAAGGACCCUAGGCGCCGACCUACCAUAAGCGAUGUGCGCAUCGAACUAGAGCGGAUCGAGGAAGGGGUCCUGGUAACGUCAAGUAGUUCCAGCUCGGAAGGGAGGGAAGUUGUCAUUCGCCCGCUGAGCGGCGAUGGGUGCUUGUCAAAAAGGGUUAUGCUUAACCCAUUCUCGCAAAGCGACUUUUACCGGCGAGGUCUAGAUUACACCGAGUCAAACUCGUCUGGUGUCUCAACGACUCAAGAUAUUGAGUUCAACCGGUCUGCUUGGUCAGGACAGAUAACUGAGUUAGAAGGAAGGUGACGAGCCGCCUCUCGACCAUACAUAGUGACUGCUAACUUAAUGCUAGUGAAAAACAGCUCCGUUGUGCAUGGAGACGUUAGAAUGUAGACAAGCUAAUUGCCAGCUAGAGUUUUGUAUCGGCGGUGAAUUGUCAUACAUGCCGCGCAUGUGUGCGGCAGGUGUGGCCACUAGAAUUGUCUCUAUGGUAGAACAUAGCUAGAGAAGCCUACUAAGCGUCGACCGGAAAAUAGAGACUCAUGCACUGCGGCAACUAAUGAAUCGAUCAUCGUGCAUGAAGACAGUAGAGGAAACAAAUCCAAAUCCAAUGAACCGCC